CUCAAAACAUUUGCUUUCUCCUUGAGCCCUUGAUAUCAGCUCAUUUUUUUCUAGCACCUUCUUAAGAACAAAUACCAGAUAUUUCUAGUUGCAUUGAGAGAGCCACUAAAAACUGACCUUAUCCUGGCCUGAAAGUCUUUCCCACUUGGGUAAUUUAAGAAAAUGAGAAGGAAGAUCUGUCUCAGUGGACACAUUUGGUUUGGGAAGCCUGCUGUGUCAGGCGCUCAGCGUGAGCUCGGGCAGUUACUUCCCUGGGCCAUGUUCUCUCCUAAGUGAUUGGGGAUCAUGAAAACAUCUGAUUCUGAAGGACAGCCCCCCCCUUCUUGUCUUGGGAGGGAGCGGCAGAGUUCCCCUGAUGAUGAGAUUCCUGGAUUGGAGGCUAGGGGAUGUUGUCUUAACACAUCUAGUUCCGUCAUCUGGUCUUCUGAGGAGCUUUUACAUUUCAUUUUGCCCAGCAAAGUUUUGCUUAUAACUCAACAUUGAUGGUCACCAGGAUGGACUUUAUUUUAACCUAAAGCUUUUGGCAGAUUGUAGCCCUUAGAUUAAGGUGACCAGAUUUUAACAUUGGUAAAGCGGGACACAAUUGAUAAAACUCAUAUCCUGGUGAAAUAACCACAUGGCAGCCUAUACCCUAGCUUCUUUCCAAAAAUCGGGACUAUCCCGCAAAAGUAGGACAUCUGGUUACCUUACCUUAGAUGGUAAAAUUGAGGAUUUAAAGGCAUAAAAACACUGAAUUUUACAUUUUGGGUAAGUAGGCUAAGUUUCGAGUGUUCUAAAACAUCGUUAGAAGCCUGGAUGUAAGCCAUUGGCCCAGUGGCCCACUGUGCACCUCGUGCCUGCCACACUGUUUAGGGAAAUCCCUCAGGAAACGUGGGGUUUCUGGGGCCAUUGUCCAUGGCCUGGCAUCAUGGUCAAGGCGCAUGUUGCUGUUCCCUCUACAGCCCAGGGCUGCAUAUGGAGUUCAUUUGUGGAAAGUUAGAAAGUCAACAGAGCAAUUUCCUUGAAAACCUUUCUGAUGACUCGUGUAGAGGCGCCCACUGAAGGCAACUGGAAAUAGGCCAGAUUCGGGGAAUUUUCUGUAAUACUGAACUGGGUUGGGCCCCAUUUCCGAACAAUACAGGUUUUUAAGUUCCAGGGGGCUUAGGGGAGAAGGGGACUGACACUUGGUAAUUUGGUUACUUCCCCCGAGCCCAGCUGGAUGUAAACUGACAGGCUAUGAACACUGGAGGGCGGGGCCAGGUUUCCAACGCCUCUGGUUUUCUGUCUGUUCCCCUAGCAGCCACCGCUCCAUGCCCUGUGACUGAGGGCCCUGGACGCUGACACUGGGCAGCGAUGCCUUUGGAGAUGGAGCCCAAAACGAGCAAGCUUGCCUUCGGCUGUCAGAGAAGCUCCACGUCGGACGACGACUCUGGCUGUGCGUUGGAGGAGUACGCCUGGGUGCCCCCGGGCCUUCGGCCGGAGCAGGUCCAGCUUUACUUUGCCUGCUUACCAGAGGACAAGGUCCCUUAUAUCAACAGCCCUGGAGAGAAACAUCGGAUUAAGCAGCUUCUGUACCAGUUGCCACCACAUGAUAAUGAGGUGCGGUAUUGCCAGUCUUUGAGUGAAGAGGAGAAGAAGGAGCUGCAAGUGUUCAGUGCCCAGCGCAAGAAGGAAGCCCUAGGCAGAGGGACCAUCAAGCUGCUGUCUAGAGCGGUUCUCCACGCCGUCUGUGAGCAGUGUGGGUUGAAGAUAAAUGGAGGUGAAGUCGCCGUCUUUGCCUCGCGUGCGGGCCCGGGAGUGUGCUGGCAUCCAUCCUGUUUUGUCUGCUUCACGUGUAACGAGCUGCUGGUCGACCUCAUCUAUUUUUAUCAGGAUGGAAAAAUUCACUGUGGCAGGCACCAUGCUGAACUGCUCAAACCACGAUGCUCAGCAUGUGACGAGAUAAUUUUCGCUGACGAGUGCACAGAGGCUGAGGGGCGGCACUGGCACAUGAAGCACUUCUGCUGCCUCGAGUGUGAAACGGUACUGGGCGGCCAGCGCUACAUCAUGAAGGACGGCCGGCCCUUCUGCUGCAGCUGCUUUGAGUCUCUCUACGCGGAAUACUGUGAAACCUGCGGGGAACACAUAGGUGUGGACCACGCCCAGAUGACUUACGAUGGGCAGCACUGGCAUGCGACGGAAGCCUGCUUCUCCUGUGCCCAGUGUAAAGCCUCUCUGCUGGGAUGCCCCUUCCUUCCGAAACAAGGUCAGAUUUAUUGCUCCAAAACGUGCAGCCUUGGGGAAGACAUGCACGCCUCGGACUCCUCCGACUCGGCAUUCCAGUCGGCGCGCUCCCGAGACUCCAGAAGGAGCGUGCGGAUGGGGAAGAGCAGUCGGUCAGCAGACCAGUGCAGGCAGUCUCUGCUCCUGUCCCCCGCCCUCAACUACAAGUUCCCCGGGCUGUCCAGCAAUGCUGAUGACACCCUUUCUCGGAAAUUGGAUGACUUGAGUCUCACCAGGCAAGGGGCAGGUUUUGUCAAUGAGGAGUUUUGGAAAGGCAGAGUCGAGCACGAAACCCCAGAAGACCCUGAAGAAUGGGCUGAGCAUGAAGAUUACAUGACCCAGCUCCUCCUCAAGUUUGGUGAUAAAAGCCUCUUUCAGCAGCAGCCCAGCGAGAUGGAUAUUCGAGCCAGUGAGCCUUGGCUAUCUGAUAACAUGGUUAAAAAGAAGACCGAGUUAAAGCAAAAUAACCAGAGCCUGGCAAGUAAAAAAUACCAAUCUGAUAUGUAUUGGGCACAGUCACAGGAUGGCCUGGGUGAUUCUGCAUAUGGCAGUCACCCAGGCCCUGCUAGCAGUAGACGGCUCCAGGAACUAGAUCUGGACCAUGGGGCUUCGGGAUACAGUCACGAUCAAACACAGUGGUAUGAAGAUUCCCUGGAGUGUUUGUCAGACUUAAAACCUGAACAAAGUGUCCGGGAUUCUAUGGAUUCCUUGGCUUUGUCUAAUAUCACAGGGGCCUCGGUGGACGGGGAGAGUAAGCCACGGCCGUCGAUGUACUCCCUGCCAAACUUUGAGGAGCUGGAGGCGGAGGAUUGUGAGAAAAUGAGCAACAUGGGAACUCUGAACUCGUCCAUGCUGCACAGGAGCGCCGAGUCCUUGAAGAGCCUCAGUUCAGAGCUGUGCCCAGAAAAAAUCCUGCCGGCCGAGAAACCGGUGCACCUGCCCGUCCUCAGAAGAUCCAAGUCUCAGUCCAGACCACAGCAGGUCAAGUUCUCAGAUGACGUCAUUGACAACGGCAGCUACGACCACCUGGAGGUCCGGCAGCCCCCGAUGAGCGAGCGGACUCGCAGACGGGUCUACCAUUUCGAAGAGAGGGGGGCCCGGCCGCACCAGCCCCAUCGCCGCCGGAGAAGUAGGAAGUCUCGCUCCGACAAUGCCCUGAACCUCGUCGCCGACAGAACGUACGCCCCGAGGGACCGGCUGCGGCUCUACAGCCCCGAGAACUACGAGAAGUUUCUCCGGGACCGAAGCGCCCGCGAGCUCCAGGCGUACCUGCAGCACGCCGCCCUGCAGGCGCCCGGCGCCGCCCGCUUCCUGGGCUUCCCCGGCGGCGGCGGCGACGAGGACUCGUGGGGCUCGUCGUCGUCGUCCUCGUCCGACUCCGAAGAAGAAGGCUACUUCCUGGGGCAGCCCAUCCCGCAGCCGCGGCCGCACAGGUACGCCUACUACGCCGACGACCUGGCUGGCCCCACGGCCGCGCUCCCCGCGCCCCAGUUCGGUCCGAGGACAACCAAAUCCAAGAAGAAAAAGGGACACAAGGGCAAAAACUGUAUCAUUUCGUAAGCCAGGCAGGCUCGCCCGCCGGGACCCCCCUCCUUCCUGAGCUAGUGUAAAGUGCGCUGCCCGUGUGAACGGGACACCGGCCGCUGUUUGCAAGUGUCCGAGGAACACUCGGAAGGAAAGUGUGAUUUCUCCAGCGGCCCCUCCUCCGCGCCGGGCCGCCAGGCUGACCUGACAUCUGGUGCCUAUCAGUACAUUACAGUGUGCGCUGGCUGCUCUGGGCUCCGAUCCCCAAGAGCAUUCUCAAGCAACUGCCACCAGGGCAAUGGACGCGGGGGUACUGAUGGGUGAAGACGGCAAACUUCAGCCACCUUUGGAAAGCAAUAGUGUCUGUCACCCCUGGUAUGUUGGCUUGGUCCUGACCGGCUUGCCUGUGGUGAGGCAUGCAGUCACACUGACCCAGCUAGCACGGGGCUUCAGACUGGCCUAGGCCAACUUGGCCCCGGCCAGCCCUCGUCGGCGGGGCUCCAGAUGGAAGAGAACAUUGCUAUUUAUGAUGUUGUAUUUCAUAGACUGUAAGUGGCUUCCUAAUUUAACGGUGCAAAUAUUAAUGUACAUAUUGUACAGUUCAGAUUUUAGAGCUGAUAUUUUUAUAUCCCUGAAUUACAAGACGUUUGUUAUACUGCACUACUAUAUUUCCUAGGGACCCGGAAACGGCGUUUAUGGAGGAAAUGAUUACUUGUCGUUUAGUCAGGGUUUAUGAGUUAAGUUUAGAUGGUCAGAUUUAUAUUGCCUAGUGAUGGAAAGUUCAAUUUUUGGUUGUUUUUUUUAAAUUUUCAAUAUUAAGGCUCUGUAUGCAUGGUGGGGCUAUGUAAAUACUCUCUAAAACUAUGGCCCUAUUAAUCCUAUGAGUAUUAUUUAUGGGUCAAGCAAUGUAAACUGUAUAAAUGUAAAAACAAACAAACUCACUCCACACAUCCCCCUAGACUAGAUGGUAAAAACCAGUGGAAGCUGUUCGGGUGAAUGAUCCCCCACCCCGUAUUCUAGGGCUGCGUGCGAGGGGUCUUGCCACUCUGCAAGGUGGUGAUGGAGUGGGCAGAACCAAGAUCAGCUUUCUGUUGCAGAGGGCUCUGUAGGUAGACUGUUCUCUUUUGCCCCCCCCUUCCCCCCCCCUCCCGAGCUCAGCUAUUGGCCUUCCACAGCAAUUUUGAAAACAGUCUUCUGGUUACAUAUUUCUCUUAAAUCCUUAAAUGAAGGGAUGCUGCGCCACUGCUAUUCAAGUUAAUUGUGAGGUUCUAGUUCAAGGGAAAAUGAUAUUGGAUUUGAACUAAUGAGCUUAUAUUUUGAUAUGUGCCAUUCUUGCACAUGUUUCAGUUCGAACUAAAGGUCCUGGUUGCAUCUCAGGUCCUUUAGGGAGGUAUUUAAUAAACAAUAAAUAACAAACCAUAUCUUUGAAUACAGAUCUUUGCAAAUAUAUCCCGAUAACUUCG